AUGUUCUUCUCUAUUUUUCAGCUGACAGAAGCCAUUCUUGCUGUCCUCCUCAGUAUCGUCGCCUUCUACACAUGGUGCACUCUCGAUGCAACAUUCGACUAUGUGGUGGUUGGUGGAGGCACAGCGGGUAUCACCAUUGCAGCCCGGCUGGUCGAGCACGGCUUUCGAGUUGCACUCGUGGAAGCCGGGGGUUAUUACGAAAUCAAGCACCCUUCUGCUCGAGUACCGGGCGCCGCUAUUCUAGGUAUCGGUGCUGAUCCAAAAAUGUCAUCGUUUGUCGACUGGGGCUUUGUAGUCCAUGGGGGCACAGGUGCAGGCUAUCGGGAUAUCCACUAUCCAAGGGGAAAAUGUAUGGGUGGAUCGCCAUCCAAGGAUGCCAUGAGGAGGUGGGCCGAACUCACUGACGAUUCCAGCUACCUAUUCGAAAACGUCCUUUCGUUCUAUAAGCAAACAGCAAAGUUCACACGCCCUGAAGCUCGAGAAGGGCCAUACAACGAAUCUGCCUUUAGUUCUUGGGGCGGUCCUUUGCACGUGUCGUAUCCGGAACUUUCCAUGCCAUUUUCAAAAUGGGUAUCGGCAGCUUUCACAGAGGCUGGAAUACCUGAAGUAGAGGAUCUCAAUAGCGGAUCCCUUCUUGGUCACCAAUUCUGCACAAUGACCAUCAGAGCAAUCGAUCAAACAAGAAGCAGCUCCGAGUCUGCAUUCAUUGGAGCGUUACAUCUCAGUGAUUUGACCAUAUAUCAAAAGGCCCUGGCAGAGAAGAUUCUGUUCGACAAUAAAAGCCGAGCGGUCGGGGUUAGAGUCAAACAAUUUGGAGCGCACACUUUGAAAGCAAGAAAAGAGGUUAUCAUAUCUGCAGGCGCAUUUCAGUCUCCUCAACUUCUGAUGGUCUCUGGCAUUGGUCCCGCCAACAUAUUACAGAAGCAUGGAAUCAAAAUCAUUGCCGACCGUCCUGGCGUGGGUCAGAACAUGUGGGAUCAUGUUUUCUUUGGACCAUCAUACCCGGUCGCUAUGAAGACUUUCACAGGUAUGACGCAGAGCAAAGUUGAACUUGUAACCCAGAUCCUAUAUUGGGCUCUUUGGCAUCAAGGUUUCUUGACGAACCCAUCCACCGAUUUACUUGCAUUUGAAAAGCUUCCAGCACCACAUCGAUCGAUUUUCUCCGCCAAAAUGGAGCGAGAUCUUUCCUGGUUCCCUGCAGAUUGGCCUGAAGUAGAGUAUCUAGCUGCCGCUGCUUAUGUCGGCAAUUAUUCGAAUCCUUUUGGGCAGCAACCCGUCAAGGGUCAGUAUGGAAGCAUUGUUGCCACGCUCGUUGCACCCACCUCACGCGGGAAUGUCACCAUACGAUCGGCAAAUAUGAUUGACCCGCCGAUCAUAAAUCCGAAUUGGCUGGAGACUGACACCGACCAAAAGGUUGCAAUUGCGUCCUACAGGCGAAUCCGGGGUAUUUUCAAUACCGCGGUUAUGGAUUGGGUUCUUACGGGAGAAGAGCUUUUUCCGGGGCUCGAGGUCGAAACGGACGAGGAAAUACUCGAAGUAAUCAAGCAGUCGAUGAUGACAAUUUACCAUGCUGCAUGUACCUGCAAGAUGGGGGUUCAAAAUGAUAGCAUGGCGGUCGUCGAUAGUUGUGCAAGGGUGUUUGGGGUGUCUGGACUGAGAGUCGUGGAUGCCAGUGCUUUUCCAAUAUUACCCCCGGGCCAUCCUCAAUCCACUGUUUAUAUGCUUGCCGAAAAGAUUGCAGCUGACAUUGCAGCCUCGUGA